CUGAUUCAUGUGUGGAUGCGGGUUUGACGUGACGGUAAAGAAAGAGAAAUGGUGUUUAAAACCCAUUCACACAAACCCCCUUGAUUAAUUUUCUGUGAAAACAAUACGGCGAUUCCUGGGUUGUAAGGAACAGACUAUUAGUUUGUACAGUGUGAAACUUUCACCGGAUGCCUGACCCCAAUCACGCCGAAAUCGAGGAGUGAUGCGUCUCUAUUUUUUCGUCUCCGAAAACACUUACCCAAAAAAUGUAAACAAUAAAAAAAAAAAGCCAUUUCAACGCCAUCACGUUGUUUUUUCGAAAAGAGAUUUCGUGUCAAACUGAGUUGUAUCGUUGAAAUGUCCAUAAUUUCAUGACCUUUCAACACGUGUUCAACUGUGCCCGUAAUCCAACCGCGUGACUACUGUUCGGUCUUUUGUUAUCAAACCAGAAACCGCCGUAGGAGCGGGGGCGGUAGGUUGACCCGUGGUCAGCGUCUAUGAAGAUUACGUCACCGGCGUAAUGGAUGACUGGACACCCAGACGCUAACCCCUUGAGGCUACUGGCGAUUUUUUAAUCUGGCCACGAGCCGUGAGAACUACUUGAAUUUCUGGAAAGUUCGACGUUUCAACAAAAGAAGAUUGACAGCUGAGCGUGGCCCGUUAACCAAUCAGAACUUUGCGUUUAAUUCCCGCCCAAAAAAUGACGCUUCGUUUGUCAUCAUAUAAAAACUCUUGCAAAACGUUUGUCUGUACCAUUUCUUUCCCCUCGUUUGUCGAGUGUAGAGUGCAUUGUAUUGCUGUUUUAUUGAAUCCACGUUGUCAUCACUAUAUUCAGAAAGUACGACAGCUUUUACUGCGAUCUUCAGAAUCCCCUUCUGGUUCUGGUGAUUUUUCAUAGACAUUCAAUCAGUCUUUGGUCACAUCCGAGUAUUUCUUCAUUUCACCAUGAGUUCUGUGGAGCAGAUUAGUGUCAUCCAGCUGCCUAAAGAGGUAGAUGUCUUCCACUACCACCGCAUGCAGUACUCGUCCGUCUUGCACCAAGGACAACGUAGCAAGAUUCUCUUGGCGAGGAGCCAAAUCAUCCCUGACAAGAAAUUCGCUGUCAAGCAGAUGCCUCUUCGCUCUGAUGAGGAUAGAGAUCGCUUCAGCCGUGAGAUGUGGCUGAUGAAACUGGCUUCUGACAUACGUGGAGUUGUGACUUUGUUGCCUCGUCCCGUCUUCUGUGGUCCCACCGGCUAUCUCAUCAUGCCGUUCUACGAUAAGAGAGACCUGCUCUCGCGGACAGGGAAACUCAGCGACGACAACUGGAUGAAAGUGUUUGUCAGGGCGGCGGUGUCUCUCCGAAGCCUUCACAAGAAAAAUAUUUAUCAUCAGAACUUGAGGCCAGAGAACAUCCUCCUCAGUACCCGUCACGUCGCCUUCAUCUCUGACUUUGGCGCUGCGUGUCUACUCUCUGAGGGAUGUGACAAGGUGGACACGUGGACAGCUGCACCUGGUUUCCGGGGACCCGAGGCGGACAAGGAGGAUGGUCAGCUCUGUCCAUUCCAACUGGACACCUACAGCCUGGCUGUCAGCAUGUGGCAGGUACUGUCUGGUCUGUGUCCAGUCAAGAACAAGCCUUUGGAUCACCUAGACAACAUUCCCCCACAGUACGCUUCCUUGUUGAGGAACCUUCUUCUUCCGGACCCCGACAUGAGAUGGACCCUGGACAAGUUCCUCACUGAGGCCCUGGAGCUGCACCCGGACCUGUCCUGUUUUCUCUAAGACGUUUGGAUCCCGGCUGUGGCGUUCUAAAGAUAGUUAGAAGGCAGUCUUAAUCUUCGCACGUCUUGACUUCUCACUGUUAAGUUCUAGUUUGAAGCUUUAUACAACGCCUUUGAUAAACUGAAGCCAAUAUCGUAAUACUGUUCUGAAUUAUAGCAGGCCCAAGAGAGAGAGAGAGAGAGAGAGAGAGAGAGAGAGAGAGAGAGAGAGA